AAUUAACUUCUACGCCUCUCUCUCUGCAAUUACUUUUUGAGGGCAUCUUUCUCUAGAAUAUUGAAUAUUGCUGACUUGAGCGUUGAAGUGUUUUCUUUGAGAAAACAUCCUCGGGAAUUUCAGGUGUGGAAACAGCUGAAGACAUCAAUAGUGUUGGAUCACAAAGCUGCCCAACACAACGAGGAAGCGUACAAUCUAUGCAGAAAUGCUAGCGAUAAAUUACGACGGUAAUGGCAUCAAGAGAGAGGAGGAACCAUUACGCAAAGACUGAGUGAGACUAGAUGGAAGCCUCCUGAAGCAGGUCUUAUAAAAAUUAACGUGGAUGGGGCAUUUUUUGCUGAACAGAAGGCAUUUGACGCUGGGGCUAUAGCACAGGAUUCAUUGGGAGAGGUUUUGGCAGCCAUUGUUCGUAAAGGACAGGGGCUAAGAACCUUAUGUUCAAUAGUUUUUUUCUUUUUUUUUUUUUGGUUCGGAACAUUCGGUGUCCGGAAAUUCACUGAGCUACCGAUUAAUUCGAAUUUUGAGCCAAACAAGAUCCAACGAACGUAUUGUCUUUGAAUCGGACUGCGCAGCUAUGGUAACGGCGAUUUUUGGGGACCCUCAAUCGUCAAUCCCUUAAUUCCAAUAUAGUCCCUCCCUCGGAAAAAUGGCCGAUGCUAUAAUUUCCUUAAUCCUAGACAUGCUAAAAACAACCAUCGUCAACAAAGCGAAGGAAGAGGUGAAGCUGCUGGUCGGUGUUAAGGAAGAAGUGAAAAAUCUUGAAAGAAAUCUUGAUCUCAUCCAAAGCGUGCUUGUCCGUGCUGAGCGGAAGAAAAGAACGGACGAGCUUGUCAAGAAAUGGCUGGAUAGGCUCAAAGAAGCUUCUUUCGACAUGGAGGAUGCCUUGGAUGAGUGGAGAACUGCAGUAGAGCUGGAAAUACAUGGGGCACAAAAUCAGAAGAAGGUACUGUGCAAUUUCAUUUCAUGCUUUUCUUUCGAUCGGCUAGGUGCCCGUCGUAAAAUUGCAGUAAACAUAAAGGAAAUCAAUCGAAAAUUAGAUGAGAUUGUAAAGGAGAAAGAUAGAUAUGAGUUGAGAGCUAAGGAAAUUGAACUUCCAAGACGGCAAGAAAGUACCUCAUUUCUUGAUGCGUCAAAAUUAUAUGGAAGGGAUGGCGUGAAGACAACAAUACUGAGCUAUUUGUGGGGAGAGAAAAGUAAAGAGGAGGCUGGUGAUAUAUUUCAAACCAUUUCUAUAGUAGGAAUGGGGGGAAUGGGAAAGACAGCCGUCGCACAACUUGUCUAUAAUGACCAGAAUGUUAAAAAGCAUUUUGACAAUGUAAUCUGGGUAUGCGUCUCUAACCCUUUUGAAGAGAAAACAGUUGCAAAGGCAAUCAUUCAAGGGCUUGAAACACUUAACCUUGGUCAAGCAUCUGGUCUAGAAUCAAAUCCAUUGCAAGUCCUUUUACACAGAAUUUCUAACUCUAUCAAGGGAAAGAAAUUUCUUCUAAUUUUAGAUGAUGUUUGGGCAGCUAACUGUGAGAGGUGGGAAUCAUUUAAAGCCCCCUUGAGAGUUGCCUCUUCAGGAAGUAGAAUUUUGGUGACUACUCGUGAUUCUAAAGUUGCAGCAAUGAUGGGGUCCAAUCCCCACCAAAUCAUUCGUCUUGAGAUAUUGAAAAAUGAGGAGUGUUGGUUAAUAUGUAGAGACAUAGCAUUCGAAGGAAAGGACAAAGAGUCCUGCAAAAUUUUGGAGGAAACAUUCUCGAAGAAAAUUGGGAAUAGAUGUAAAGGGUUACCACUUGUUGCAAAAACUCUAGGGAGCCUCUUAAAGUCUAAAAGAAGUAAAGAAGAGUGGCAAAGUCUCUUGGAUAGUAAUUUGACACAAAGUGAUAUUUUUGCCUCUUUGCUAUUGAGUUAUUAUGAUUUACUUCCUCCUGUAAGGCGGUGCUUCUUGUACUUUGCUACUUUCCCCAAGAAUUUCUUAAUCUGGCAAAGUAACAUAAUUGGACCCUGGAUGGCACUUGGUUUCUUAGGCUCUGACGGUGAUGCAGAUUUGGAGUCAAAAGGGGAAGAAUACCUUCGUAUCUUAGUGGACCGCUUCUUCUUUCAACAUGUUCAAGUAACCAAGGAUGGACACGUUGUGAAUUGCAGGAUGCAUGAAGUGGUAAAUGAUUUUUGUCAAUAUUUGGCAGAGAAUGAGUUUGCGACAAAGGAGGUCAAGUCCAAUCAUUUCACUAUAGACUGGGCAAAACAUCGUCACUUGGGAGUAACGGUUGAUGAGCAGAGGCCUUUUCCUUCAUCCAUUUCUGGUGCACAAAAAUUGAGAGCUCUUACAACUUUCACUGGAGAGGGUGCUUUGACUUGCGAGGCCUUGCGUAACUUGUUUAAUCAAUGUAGACGCUUAAGGGUAUUGGAUUUUGCUUGGCCUGAUUUUCAAAUUAGUCAUUUAUGUGAAGAAAUUCCUGAAGAAAUUGGAAAAUUGAUACACUUGAGAUACCUUGACUUGGCUCAUAGUAAUCGAUUAGAAAGGUUGCCUGAAGCACUCUGCGACCUACAUAAUUUGCAGUAUUUGAAUCUCAACGGGUGCAAAAAACUCAAGCAAUUGCCUAACGGGAUAGCAAAACUAAUCAACUUGAGGCUUCUUCGAACUAAUGGUUGCUUUGCUCUCACUCACUACCCAAAAGGCAUUCAAAAAUUAACUUCUCUUAGAAAGUUAUGGGGGGCCAUUGCUAGAGCUGAUUGCAAUGAUGCUAAGGAAUUUAGCCUUGCCGAUCUUGGAAACUUAAAGUACCUCCGCAGUGUUUGGAUGAAAGUUGUGGGAAAUUCAAUCGACAAGGGGGAAGCUAGAAAAGCUCUACUUCAGAAUGUCCGAGAGUUAAGGAUAUAUUUGGCUGGGAACAUUAUGGAAGAGGAUAUAAUUGAAGUCUUAGAUCCUCACUCGCAGAUAAGAAGUCGAAAGUUCUACAAAGAUUUCGUUUUGGACGGCUAGUGCCGGCGUGCCAUUGAAUAUAAAAGGUGGUACACUGAUUUAUCCAAGCUAUGUGCUCGAAUUUUAAUUUCUUCAAUUAAACAUUACUGAUUUCUUAUUUCUUCUACUUCUUCUUCUUCUUUUUUAAUAGCGAUAUUCAUUACUGAUUUAUUUUCUCACACUAAUUAACUAUAGACUUUGAUUUGCAGUUGCCUGCGAUUGUCUGUGUGGAGUGCAUGCUUCCUUCCUCAAGCUAAUGGUUUAGUAUUUGGAACAAUAGAGCUUUCAUUUUUAU